CCUCCCGGGCGCCCGCUGCUGUGGUGGCAGGAAGUCCCCGGGAACUACAAAUCGAGGCAUGCUGGGAACAUUCCCCUGCUCCUCCCAGGAAAUGUCCUUUGUCCAGCCCUACAGGAAGCCCCAGCGAGGAGCCAGCCGGGCGACCAGCCAGUUCGCCAGCCAGCCCGCGGCCGCUGCAGCCGCCGCCGCCGCAGCAGCACGAGAGCAGACGCGCCGCGGCGCGGGGCUCGGGCCGGGGCGCGCGGUGCCCUCGCUCCUUGCCGCGCCCGCCGCCGCGCAGGGAUCCCUGGUCACCUCCCUUGUCCUGUUCUUCCUGGAUGGAACGAGAAGAUAAACGGGGCGUGUGUGAAGCCCAGGACUCAGAAGACAAGGGGAUGGGCUCUGAUUUUGAGAACUCUGAAGACAGGGAAGGGGACCCAGAAGACAGAGGAAUGGGCUCUAACCCACAUGACGCAGACAAGAGAGAAUGCCACCUGGAGCAGGAGAUGGGCUCCAACCCACAGGAUGAAGCUCUAAGAGGGGACUCAGAGGAGAGGGAACUAGUGUCUAACAUCUGCACAGGGGGGCUGCUGAGCGAGGAAGAAGGGGUUGCUCUCCGUGAGGAAGAGGAUGACCAAGCUGGAGUAGCUGAGAUGGCGAUGUUCGCAGGGCUGUCGGAGUCCGUCGGCAUUUCCCGGAGCCCCCAGGAAGAGGAGGAAGAGGAGCAGCCGCCUCCUGCCGUGCUUCCCUGGAGGCGGCACCUCUCCCUGGGGAGUCGACACCGGGGUGACAAGCCCGCCCACCGCCGAUUCCGCCGGCUCCACCACCCCAUGGCCAUGGACCUCGGGGAGCUCGACAGCCUGAUGGCCAGCAUCAUGGACGCGCCCACCAUCUGCCCCGACUGCGGGGAGAGCUUCAGCCCGGGCGCCGCCUUCCUGCAGCACCAGCGCAUUCACCGCCUGGCGGAGGCCGCCGCGGCCGCCAGCCUGGAGCCCUUCGACUUCGCUGGCGAGUGCGGCGGGGUGGUGGGGAUGAUGGGCGUGGGCGUGGGCGUGGGCGUGGCGGGGGGCUUCGGGGCGGGGCCCGCGCUGGCCCGGCCCCCGCGCGAGAAGCCCUUCCGCUGCGGGGAGUGCGGUAAGGGCUUCAGCCGCAACACCUACCUGACCAACCACCUGCGGCUGCACACGGGCGAGCGGCCCAACCUGUGCGCCGACUGCGGCAAGAGCUUCAGCUGGCGCGCCGACCUGCUCAAGCACCGGCGCCUGCACACGGGCGAGAAGCCCUACCCGUGCCCCGAGUGCGGCGAGGCCUUCAGCCUCAGCUCGCACCUGCUGAGCCACCGGCGGGCGCACGCGGCGGCCAGCGGCGCGGGGUCGGCGGCGCUGCGGCCCUUCGCCUGCGGGGAGUGCGGCAAGGGCUUCGUGCGCCGUUCGCACCUGGCCAACCACCAGCGCAUCCACACGGGGGAGAAGCCGCACGGCUGCGGCGAGUGCGGCAAGCGCUUCAGCUGGCGCUCGGACCUGGUGAAGCACCAGCGCGUGCACACGGGCGAGAAGCCCUACAUGUGCUCCGAGUGCGGAGAAACUUUCAGCGUCAGCUCUCACCUCUUCACGCACAAGCGCACGCACUCGGGGGAGCGGCCGUACGUGUGCCGCGAGUGCGGCAAGGGCUUCGGGCGCAACUCGCACCUGGUGAACCACCUGCGCGUGCACACGGGCGAGAAGCCCUUCCGCUGCGGCCAGUGUGAGAAGCGCUUCAGCGACUUCUCCACGCUCACGCAGCACCAGCGCACGCACACGGGCGAGAAGCCCUACACGUGCAUCGAGUGCGGCAAGAGCUUCAUCCAGAGCUCGCACCUGAUCCGCCACCGCCGCAUCCACACGGGCAACAAGCCGCACAAGUGCGCCGGCUGUGGCAAGGGCUUCCGCUACAAGACGCACCUCGCGCAGCACCAGAAGCUGCACCUGUGCUAGGGCUGCGCCCGACGGAGGCUGCGCACUGGGGGGCGGGGCGGGGGGCUAGAUG